AAUCAAAAUAAGUUCCCAGAAGUACCCAUCGAUCCCGUGUGUUUUGAAAAAGUUACUCAAGGUCAAAAGUUUUAUUUUUCUAUUGAUUAGUGUCGUUUUUUCCGGUUAAUGUACGUUGUUAAUAUCUGUCACCUGUCCUCAAAUUCACACUAUCGCGUUCCCUGUGUUGAGUAUAAGAAAUCAUACCCCGAUCUACAUGGUAAUACAAGGUGGCAGGGGUCCGGUAACAGUAAACGCAUCAUUAGAUAAUGUUACAGUGAUAGGAUUUGGUAAUACUAAAAUACUUUAUAACAGUGUGGAUCCUAAAACUUACGAUUUUUAUACUAAACUGUCUUUACCAAGAUUAAGAAUCGAUGGAAAUUAUGAAUUACUCGGUAAAAUAUUGGUUAUACCUUUAAGAGGAAAGGGAAAGUGUUGGUUUGAUGCUCAAAAUCUGGAUAUCAACGUAAAAAGCGAUGUUAUUAUGGAAAAGCACGACGGUUUCGAUUUCUUCAAUGUGACCGAUGUCCACGUGACCUUCAACAUUGGAGGUUUAAAAUUACAUAUGGGGAACUUAUUCGACGGAAUCAAAGCGUUAGAAGAGUCAACAAACGAAUAUUUGAACGCUAACUGGAGGCCCGUGGCUGAUUCACUGAGUCCAAUUUUAUCGAAAACCAUCGAAGAUAUAAUGUUAGAUAUUUUACAAAGAGUUUUUGAUAAUAUUCCAGCAAAUUUCUUUUUAGGAGAUUUGGAACUAUAAGACUCACAACAAAAAUAUAUAUUUUUUUAUAUUUAAUUGAAAAAAGGUUCAACAUUUUUAUCUUAUGAAUUCCCUUUCACAAUCGAGUAAUAUAGGCUUGAAAUCGAUUUUAUUCAUCUACAACUUCUCGAUACCGAGCUUGUAGAAUAAUUUGUCUUUUGCAUCAGUUUCAGCAAUUGCUUCUUCAUUUGACCUGAAUUUCUUAGUCAGUAGUCACUGGGGGCCAAAUCACACGAAAUUGUUUCGAAAAUAACAAAAGUAGCUUUACCUAAAUAGCUGUCAUUUUAUUUUGACUAAUCGAAACGUCAUGACAUUUUGAAGGUUGGUACUUCAUUAAAGUUAUAUUGAUAUGGAUAAUUUCAAGUUCCGAACAAGCUUUCUAAGUUAAAUGAAUUAUCAACAAGACAAAACAAACGAAGCUGCAUGUUGUCAAUGGUCUGAUUGUGCUCUAAAAACAAUUAUUAUUCCAUAACCAUAUUUAUGGUUGCGUCAUUAUGAAUAGCGUCUUCUUGAUGUAGCUAAACGUUUGAGCAUCUCUGAGAAGUCUUUAAGGGUAUGAGACAAGCUAAUACAUUACAUUGAAAAGGAUAAUUCAAGGUGACUGAUUGGUUUUUCUAAGGAAAUUCGUCUUCGAUGGUUUCGACGAAGGGUCAAUCAGGAGAUCAUGAAUAUGUUGAUGAUAGAAUGAAAUAAAUGUGUAACGUGUUUACAGAAUUGAAUAAUUUUUCUUCUUUUUUAUAAAUAUUGUGUUUUAUAAGAUACUAAUGUGAACCCGAUUUAAUGUCGAAGAAAAAUUAAACAUUUUUUUUUAUAGAAA